AUGGCCCACAACACCAACCCCGGCAACUUCUCCAACCGCCCCCACGAGGAGGUCGAGAACAUCGCCCGCAAGGGCGGCCAGUCUUCCCACAGCGGUGGCUUCGCUAGCAUGGAUACUGAGAAGCAGCGCAACAUCGCAUCCCAGGGCGGCCACGCCUCCGGCGGUAGCUUCCAGCCUGGCGAGGAGCGUGCCCGUGAGGCCGGACGCAAGGGCGGCAAGGCCACCGGCCAGACCCACGAGCCUGAGGAGUAA